AUGUCUGACUUCCGCACACGCAUACCUUGCAGAGAGAUCACGUCUCUUAGUAAGCUCUACAAUGUACUGACGAACGAAUAUGGAAACAUGUACUAUAAGUUGGAGACGGAAAAGAACGAGCAAGGCGAGCUCUUCUGGGUGGUUGGUGUCUCGAGCCAUUUUGCGCGUGAUGUGCGAGAACUUUUGAUCACGAAGGGGGUUCUUCGACAGCGUACGAGACCACGGGGAUUUGCGGCAAUAAACGGACCAGAACGUCAUGGAGAGUCAUUGCCUGAAGUGAUUGAUCUCACUGGGAAUGAUUCAGACGAAGAGACUCCUCAGGCUCUCAAGAGUCGGAACACGACCAGCACCCCACGGAAUCUGCCUCCUGGACCACGUCAAUAUCUUCCUGAGACCGAAAAAGCAAAAGCCCACAUUGACAAGUCAAUAGCGAAUAAACGAGAUGGCCCUGAGAAAACACAACAAAACACUGUUACACAAACCCCAAAUCACCAUGGCCGAGCUGAACAAGGACCAAUCGCAACAUGCAACAGUGCGGUUGGCCAAAGAGACCGUUCGACUGGGAGAAUCCCAAUUUCUAUGCUACUCGGGGACGCUAACCCUCAAGCUUGA